GUUGCCGUCCGUCAGUCAUUCAGUGAGGCUACAAGCGUGCAGAAUGGUGGUUUAAGUGCUGUGCUGCCGCCGAGUGAAGACGUGUUGUUGGUUGUGUGUUGUAAAGAAAAAAAAAGCCUCAACGACGACGGUUUUAUCUGCAUCACACUCUUCCAAAGAGAGAGAUUACAAAUUUAUAUUGUUGAGAAUUUCUAUUGAAGAGCAUAAACGACAUAGAGUCAAGACCUAUAUUCAUCUCUGGACACUCAUCAUCGGAACAUUAAUUCCUCACUUUGGGGCUGCACUCGCUCAAAUCAUCGAGGGCCAACAACAGCCAACAUUGAGAGCAUCACUAAAUUGAAUGGAACAUCAAGGAUUUGGUGGAGUUUAAAAAGUUAUAUUGUGUUGAGUGAGUGAAUAAUAUUUCUUCAAGCAGUGAUUAUAGUGAGAAAUUGUCUAUAAAUACGUAAUAUUAUCUCAGAGCUCUCGCAUGACUAUUAAAAUACAGAAAUAACAGCCAUUGAACUGAUACCCUCAUAAUAUUGUGUUAGUUCAUUCAGUAUGAGAUAAUCACAAAGCCACGUUCUGUGAGAAGAAAAAAAUAAGACUGAAAAUCCUGGAUAUUGCCCCAUUUGCCCCUUCUAAGCGAAAAAUUCCGUGCAUUGUGUGAUAAACUACAUACAUACAUAGCAGAAGAAGUUGGUCAAGUAAUGUGAUAAUUUUUCUUCUUUUCUAUUUAAUACUAUUUCUAUCAGUGUGCUAAAACAUGAGUGCACACGUAACACACCGAGGAAAAGGAGAAAAAAAUUCACAGUGUGAAUAAUGCUUGGAAUCGCAGGUGAACAGCCACAUUUAUACCGACAGAUUCAACGUGUUUUUGCGGCAUAUGCGACGAAGGGUUCACAAAGUGGCUCACACCAAAUUAUUUUGAUAAGAUAAAAGAAAAGCCCACAAAAGUCGAGCUUUUUUUUCGGCAGAGGGUAUUUAGAGAGAGAGCGGGAGGCACGAGAAAAAAUCUCCCCACAAUAAAAGCAAUAAAUAGCAACUUGUUAAAUAAUACCUACAUAGCGAGCUAAAACAAGUGGAACGUGCAAGUGAGAUAGGAAAUCCAGAACCUUUACACGCCACCACAAGUCUCCUAAAUAUGAUAAGGAAAAGGCAGCAUUUUUGUGGCUCCACAAUCUUCAAUAUCGCACAUGAAUUCAGUGAUUGAGUGAAUUUUAGUGGUACCGGAUGGUUCUUAAACCCCUCGAAAACCAAGAAAAAAUCAACGAAAGAGUGAAAAAAUAUUUUUUUAGUGCAAAAUUCAACCCGCUCCAAGUUCAAUCAUUGCGUGCGCGCGUACAUCAUUUAAUUGAUUGUUAUUAAUUAAAUAUCUUCACAUUCUAUAAAAGAAUCAUUUGAACCAAUUCUCUCCGGGGUAAUUGUGUGAAAUAGCUGCGCAAAGAGACUUGCAGGAAGGAGCAAAAAAAUGGAUUACAAAUUAACAUUUGGACUGAUUGUAUUUGUAGCAAUUUUAUCAAUAAGAUUUAGCACAGUAAAGGCAGACAUUGCAGAUGAAGAGGAGGAGUAUGACUACGAUGAUGAGGAUGAUUAUUUGGAAACGAGUGAAAAUCAAACUGAAAAGGCGCCAGAUAAGUGGAGGUUGAAUGUCACAGAAAUAGCUGAAAAAGUGAAGGAGGUAUUCAGCGAAAAGUCCAUUGAGGCACUCGGAGGAGAGGUAGCACUCCUCGAUGGGGAGGACAAUGAUGUGGGUGGGGGUGCUGCGCAGGAAUGCCCCGAUGAGUGCUCAUGCCAAGAAAAUUCAUUUGUUGACUGCAGUCGGAGGAAUUUAACAAAAAUCCCCGAAAAUCUACCCCAAAAUACCUCAUUUAUCGAUCUCAGUCACAAUCUCAUCACCACCGUGUACAUUGAUGACUUCAGCAAUGCAACACAUCUCCGGGAAAUCCGCCUUCGCGGGAAUCAAAUUGUAUCAAUUGAUAAAAUGGCAUUUGCCCAACUAGCCCGGCUCGAUAGUUUGGACCUGUCCGACAAUCAUCUCGAGCACAUCGACCCGGAUAUUUUGGCCCAUUCAGUGGAUGUGAGAAAAGUGAAUUUAAGUGGAAAUCCACUGGAGAUUCCAACGCAUGGAUCACUGCUGAAUGCACCGAGUUUGGAAGAGCUUGACUUGAGUGCCUGCAACAUCAGCAUCCUCCACUUGGACACCUUUACAAAUCUAAGUGGUUUAGUUGCACUCAAUCUCUACAACAAUCCCAUCGAUGAGGAUAUAGAUGUUGACGUCUUUAAACCAUUGGAGUACCUUCAGCAUUUCCAGAGCAUCACAAUCAAAGAGGAGAACAUUCCAGAGUUGUGUGACAAUCUCGUGUCAAUUGAUGAGAUUCGCUUCCCAACAUUCAUCCUGAGUUGCUUUGAACUCGCAUCGGGAUCAACAUUUGAGGAGAGUAUUGCCACACAUCCACCAUCAACUGUUUCACCUCCACCCACAACCACAACACCCCUCCCAGUGACCACAACCAAACAAACAACAACUGAAAAGCCACAAACAACAAGCACAGAAGCCACAAAGAAGAACAUCAACGUCAUGUCAAGUGGAAUCAACAGCACAACCGUGGAUAAUUCCACGGAAAUAAGCAUCGGGGCAAACACAACCGACGCCAAUGCUGCUGGAACAUCAGCAAAGGGUCUCGAUUCAACGGCUGUUGUUGAAAUGUCUGCUGAAACAAUCAAUAACAUCCUCAUAGGAAUCAUCAUUAUAGCCGUUGUGGGAUUGGCAAUUGGGGUAAUUUGCCGACGAGACUGUUGUGGGAUUAAAACCAAAAUGUGCCGAACGCGAACAAGACGACCAGCACCAACGGAUCAAGUAAGACCAGCCGAAGAGGUGCCACUGAACAAGAUAGGCUAGUCACUGCACGUUAUAGGUAUCAGUGUUGCAAAGAAGCGCUUCUUCCCACGAAGGGAUAUUCAAUCGAAUUUAAGAAAUUUUACUUGUACGAUUCGGUACUAGGAUAGACUAGCUAGAGAGAACCUAGAGAACAUUAGGACUUGUAAAUCCAAAUUGCUAAAAAAAAACAGAUUUCUAAAUAAAAUGCCAAACUUGUAAAUAUGCUCGAUAUGAAGAUUUAGUAGAAACAAAGUCACAAAAGGAAGAAAUCAACGAACAAAAUGUUGAUUGAAAACAUUAAUUCAUUAAAAUAUCUUACAUUGGAUUUAGUAUUAAGGAUUUCUAGUAGAUUUAUUAGGAUAUACUUCCCGUCACCAAUAGAUUUUGAAAAAAAAGGUUUAAUUUAAAGGGUUUUCAAGGAACCUUGUUGUGCGUGAAUGAUUUGGAAACUUUGUAUUAGGAAAAGGAUAAAAGAUAAAAGAAAAGAGAAAAUUGUAAAAACAAUAAAAAUGGUAAGAAUAAAUUAUUCUGCAAACAUUGAA